CGACGACGGCAGAGAAAUUUCCGCUUCCUGCGCGGACUAACACGAGCCACUCUCACCGAGCGAGGGACCAGGCUGAGGGGGAAACGCGGAGGACACGGGCGCCGCGACUCGCCGCCUGCUCUUGGCUACCAGCCCUGCCGACUGCGAUGUGUCCAGCGCGGGAGUAGCAGCUGCCGGUGUUCAACUUGGCAGCAGGAACGCUUUUCCGCGUUUGCACCGUCGGGGUCCUCCGAAACAGACUUCAAGAAGGACAAAAGACACGGCGAGGACACAGACAAGUGAGGGGUUUCCUGCCUCGAGCUCCCACUGAAAGCACUGUCGAGCCUCCAGCAUGUCGGAGCGAGGAGGGCUCCCGCGGACUGGGGGUGUCCCCUCCCCGCACAUGCAGCCCUCCAAACCGGUCAGCAUCACCUCCAACCGGCCGGUUCACAUGAACCUGUACGCGACCUGGGAGGUGGACCGAUCCUCGCCCAGCUGUGUUCCGAGACUGUUCAACCUGACUCUGAAGAAGCUGAUCAUGCUGAAGGAGCUGGACAAAGACCUCACCUCUGUGGUCAUCGCUGUCAAACUGCAGGGCUCCAAGCGGAUCUUGCGCUCCAAUGAAAUUCUUCUGUCAUCAGCCGGUCUGACGGAGACCGACCUACAGCUCACCUUUUCCCUGCAGUACCCUCACUUUCUGAAGAGGGAUGCCAACAAGCUUCAGAUCAUGCUGCAGAGGAGAAAACGGUACAAGAACCGCACAAUCCUGGGCUACAAAACACUGGCUUUAGGACUCAUCAACAUGGCGGAGGUGAUGCAGCACCCCAGUGAGGGGGCGCAGGUUCUCGGGCUCCACAGCCAGCUGAAGGACGCCUCUGUGCCUGUGGCUGAGAUCAGAGUGUACUCUCUGUCCAGCCAGCCCAUCGACCACGAGGGACCUAAAGCCAAGAUGUCUGAUCGGUCCCCAGACAUCGACAACUACUCUGAAGAAGAAGAGGAAAGCUACUCUUCAGAGCAAGAGGGCAGCGAUGACCCCAUCCAUGGACAGUACUUGUAUGAUGAAGAGGAUGAGGUGAGGAAGAAGAAGCCGAGACGUAAGCUUCCCUCGAAUGCAGCCAUUACCAGGCAACCCAACAUCAAGCAGAAGUUUGUCGCCUUGCUCAAGAGGUUUAAAGUCACUGAUGAGGUGGGUUUCGGUUUGGAGCAUGUGUCGCGGGAGCAGAUCCAGGAGGUGGAGGAAGACUUGGACGAACUCUAUGACAGCCUGGAGAUGUACAACCCCAGUGACAGUGGGCCUGAAAUGGAGGAGACUGACAGCAUCCUGAGCACGCCCAAACCUAAACUCAGGCCGUUCUUUGAGGGAAUGUCGCAGUCCAGCUCACAGACGGAGAUCGGCAGUCUCAACAGUAAAGGCAGUUUAGGCCGAGACACUUUCAGCCCUCAUGGAGAGCAGCCAACGCUGGAGAAGAUGAAACCUUCGCGCAGCCGCAACCUGGACGAGCCCUUGUCUGAAACGGACACCUUGGAGUUGACAGAUCAGGAGCUGUUUGCUGAGGUGGGACCCUGCAUAACCGUGUCGGUGGCUGAGAAACCCAGAACUCCCAUGAAAAGCAGUAAAAGCGACGCACAGCCGAUGCCGUCUCCUAGGUUAGAUGGCAGUCACACGCCGCGACAGAAGAGGAGCAGCACCCCCAUGAAGGAGAGGCAACUGUCCAAACCCCUGAGUGAACGGACCAACAGCUCUGACUCGGAGAGAUCCCCCGAGCUUGGACACAGCACACCGGUCCUGAGGAAAGCAGUGUACGACCAGCUGAACCAGAUAUUGCUGUCAGACUCAGCCCUGCCCGAGAGCCUCAUUUUGGUCAAUGGCACAGACUGGCAGGGACAGUAUGUGGUGGAGCAGCUGCAGGUACAGCGACACCCAGUGGUCUGCACGUGCUCUCAGGCUGAGAUCCAGGCGGUACUGUCUGCUGUACUCACUCGGAUACAGAAGUUCUGUAACUGCAACUCAUCGAUGCCCAAGGCGGUUAAAGUGGCUGCGGUGGGCAGCCAGAGUUACCUGGGAGCCAUCCUGCAGUUCUUUGUCAACCAGCUGGCCAACAAGACAUCUGACUGGCUCAACCACAUGCGCUUCCUGGUGGUCCCACUUGGCUCACACCCUGUUGCUAAGCACCUGGGUGCUCUUGACAACCGCUACUGCUCCUCCUUCCUGGACAGCACAUGGAGAGAUGUGUUCAGCCGUUCGGAGCCGCCCCAGUCAGAUCAGUUGGACGUGGCUGGCAGAAUCUCUCAGUACAUCAGCGGGGCCACGGUCACUCACCAGCUGCCCAUCGCAGAAGCCAUGCUCACAUGCAAGCACAGAAUGCGAGAUGAAGACUCCUACCAGAAGUUCAUUCCUUUCAUUGGGGUGGUGAAAGUGGGACUGAUAGAGUCUGGUCAGUCUCCAACUGGUGAUGUUGAAGAAGGGGUUGCUGUAAGUUUGGCCGUCCCCUCCACGUCACCCCCCUCCCAUGGCUCCCCAACUGGAGUGAUGAAGGAGGCAGCCACCCCGCCCUCCUCUCCCUCUACUGGAAGUGUCCUGACAGUACAAGGGAGCCCAAGCAUGUCCCACGGUGUGGACGCCAUCGGCCUGCAGGUGGACUACUGGCUGGCCUCUCUGGCAGAGAAGCGACGGGAGGGAGAGCGACGUGACACAGGCUGCAAGAACACCCUCAAGAGCGCCUUCCGAUCCCUGCAGGUCAGCAGGCUGCCAGGUGGAGGCAGCAACGAUCCCCAGACGCAGGUCAGCACCAUGGCCAUGACCGUGGUCACCAAAGAAAAGAACAAGAAAGUGCCCACCAUCUUUCUGGGGAAGAAGCCCAAAGAAAAGGACGUAGACUCAAAGAGUCAGGUCAUUGAAGGCAUCAGCCGCCUCAUUUGUUCCGCCAAGCAACAGCAGACUUUCCUAAAAGUGUCUAUCGAUGGAGUGGAGUGGAAUGACGUCAAGUUCUUCCAGCUGGCUGCCCAGUGGCCGACACAUGUCAAGUACCUACCUGUUGGACUUUUCGGCUACAGUAAAGCCGCCUCCUAGUGCUGACCUUCCUGUCACGUGGUGGGAGAGGGAAGCGCCUUCCCAAGAGCAGACAGACCACAUCAUUCACUCCUUUUCACUAAUUAUUUAACUUUCAGGAGCGAGAUGAUGUGUGUUUUUGCAGCGCUCUUACUAGUCACUUUAAUGCCCCUUUCGGUGCGUCGUCGUGUGCGUGUGGUGAGUGUGCAUGCACACGUGAACGUGUGUGUUGGUGUGUGUUUGUGUGUGUAACGAAGGGGAUAACAGCACAAUUAGCUUACUGCCAUUUAUGUUUCCGUUUUAUGGAAUGCAGCAGCAUGCGCCAACUCUCCCUUCACCUCUCAUUCUAGAAACAUGACCUCUGAUCCACCAGCGCAUGCUUCAGCCGUAACAACACAUGUGCCAGAAACCUUAAAAAAAAGAGCAGCUUUGGUUUUGGUUUAAACCCCAGUGGCUUCAAUGUUGUCACAAAUGCAGUCGCAGGUCACCUCACUCAUCCUCAGUGGAAUCAGCCACUGCCCAUAUACACUCUCUCUUCCAGGCGUUUAUUUUAACCCGUCUUCUUUUUUUAAUCAGUGAUCGUAUUUCUGUUUUAGAAAUAGUACAAUGAUCAAUAUGAAGUAACUUAAAGUAGAUGGCUUUAUGUGACAACAAUAUUAAAACUGGAUUUACUUUCAUGCAGAAAUGUCAGAGUGGAGGAUGAGUGAGGGUUUAUUUUUCUGAGUCUUUUGAUUGCCACUGUAUGUGAAAUCCAAUUGAUGGAGUUUGUCUUUUUUCAUAUUAACUGCUGAAAAUGCUGAAAUUUAGCUGUGAUAAAGUUGAGAAAAUAUUAUUGUCAUAACCCUUCUGGCACCACAGGUUUGAAUUUUGUCUGUAAUUAUGAUUUUGGAUUUCGAAUUGUGACACGGAUUUCAGCAAAAAGCCAUUUAAACUGGCACCGAGAACAGAUCAAAUUAGAAAAGAUAAUGAUCGCUUAUUUUUUCCGGUCUAUUUGGCGUUUCAAUGUUUAAUUUUCCCCCAACCUCAGAUGUUGUAUGGUGACUAGUGGUGUGUUAUUGUGAGUCUGUGGUGAUAUACGGUGGUCAGAAAAAUGAAGUUCCCACUCCUACAAAAAAAGAAAAAAACAUUUUUUCAGACAUUGUCACAAAGGGCAUGCAAUAUGUUCGUGCUUGUGACUGUGUGGUCAACAGUGUCAUUCUAGGACUGCAGACAUUAAGGCGAUCAUGUUGUUUACUUUGUGGCUCUUUAAAAGGCAAAUAUAAAUCAAACAAAAGUUUUUCAGAGCUAAAUUGUUUGGAAUUGAAUGUACUUAAAACCGUGAAGGUCUCUGGCUCUCCUGGCCUCCUCCUCCUCCUCAUUUUUUCUCCAUCUACUGUCAAGUAUUAAGAUUUUUUUUUUUCCAUUUUAACAUGAUGCAAAUGUAAGUGUCUUAAACUGAAAUGUUGUCAAACGAUUUAGCUUGUUAAGAAUAUGAAACUGCAGCGUUACUACUGGAAUAGCAGUGUUCAAGUGACAUCACAACAGUUGUGAGCCUGCAGUGUUCCUCAAUAGUCUCGGGCUGUUCAUCCAACAUGUGGCACUGUGCUUUUAUUUACACUGUACUCUUGAGAUAGCUGAAGUUUGUAGUUUGCUCCCGAAUAGCCAACAAAUCACAAGCCUUGAUUGAUGUUCCUAUCUUGAAUGUUUUUGUUUUGUUGCUGUCGACAAUCAAGGGCUUGACUACCGUGAAUAAAAUCUGCUGAUGUAACUAAAGGUCAAAAUGGUUAAGGAAGCUAUUACCUCCAAAAAUACUGUGACUAUUGUCAUGCAACGUGGGAAAAUAAAAUGGUUACUAUUUUGAGUUCUCUGCAACGUGAAAGCUUAAUUAUUACAGUGAAGUUGAGUAGAAGCUGCUAAUGUCUCCGUUUAAAGUCUCCAUAUUCCUAGUGAAGCUGCCUGAUAUUUAAACAUGCAAUAAUGGUAGGCUGUUUCUUUCACCUCACCUGACCCCUCAGAGGAGCCAGCGUGGUGAUGAGCUUGAGGUUUGUUGGUUUGAGUUCAAUCAAAAGUAGAAAAAAGGCAAUGUGGGUGGGAAAAAGAAUCAGAGAAGUAUAGCUAUUAAAGAUUUCUCAUCAUUCAUGGUGGUUUUCAGUUCAUGACGCAAAUUAUGAAAUGUCUAAAUGUGUUGUAGAACACCUAUUUACAUACCAUGUGGCUGUAGAAGUUGAUGGUCAUCUGAAUACUUGCUUCUUAACUACACUUGUGUUGGUCUUUCUAAGGCUGCGAUUGAAAAAUUAAAAAAAGAUAUUAGGAGUUGUGCAUUUGUAUCUCUCAGUUGAGGGAGUAUUUCUUGGUGCUGAUGACAGAGACACAUUUUUUUUUCCUUAAUUUCAUAGAUAAGUCAUCACUGCAGCCAAAUCUUGGCCUCCUUCACACCAUUUUUCUGCAGUCUGUUUGGGAACUGGUUGUGCUACAUGUUGAAGUUGUUCCUGUGUAUCUACCUGUACCUCCGUACCUGUGUCCUUGUACUUGUGAGAGUGUAACAGUGGCCUGUCUGGUCCAUCUAUAAUCUGUGUCAGCAGUGUACUAGAAGUAUGAGCAGUGAUCACCGGGCUCACACAAGCUUUGUUCUCAACUCUGGCAAAAUAUUUACCCACACAGCUUGCAACGUCGCCAUCUGUCUCCAAGGGAACAGGAGGAAAAGGAGUAAUCCCAGCUUCUGCUCACAUCCCGAGCUUGUGAACCUGCGGGGGGGAAAUGUUUUGCACAUCACAUUGUUUCUGUGUAUUUGCCUUUUGCCUAUAACAACAACAACAACAGAAUAUAAUGCUUGUACAUACCAAAUAGUACUUAUUAUAUUGUAUCAGAGUUUGUUCUUAUUUGAGAUGUUUUGUAGUACUGCUUUUUCAUGAUGACAUUUGUCAGUCAGAUGUGGGAUGAAUGUGCAAGUGUUCACUGUUUCAUUUUUUUUUAAAUAAAGACA